CCGUCGAAGAAGGCCAAGACGAACGACGAGACCGAGGUGGUGGCCAAGACGCACGUGCCCUCGCUCCUCGAACGCGGCUCGGCCAAGACGUCGACUGCCAUUGACGCGACGGUGGAGCAGGACGUGGACGAAGACGAGGACGAGGACGAAGCGACGCUCGGUGAACGCGUCCAGGCGCUGGCCGACGAACUCGAACACAGCGAGAACGAAGACGAAGACGCGGACACGGUCUUGACGGACCAGUACCGCAGCACGUCGCGCGUCAAGGCGCAGGCGUCGUCGACGUCGCUCGUCUCGGUGCUCGAGCAGGCGCUGCAGUCCAAGGACAAUGUGCUGCUUGAAAACUGCCUCCGCGUCCACGACCUCAAGGUCAUUGACGAGACGUGCCGUCGCCUGAGCCCGACCAAGGUCUUUCCCUUCGUGCUGCUGCUUGUCGAGAAGCUGGAGAAGCGCCCGACGCGUGGUGCGACCAUGUGCGUCUGGAUCAAGUACCUGCUUUUGAACCACACGGCGUACCUCAUGACGGUCCCGGACGUUGUCGACAAGCUCUCGGGCCUCUACCAGUCGCUCGACGCGCGCCUCAAGGUUUUCCCGCAGCUGCACAAGCUCAACGGCCGCCUGAACCUCGUCCUCGGCCAGAUUGCGGGCCGCGCCAACGCGAUUGCGGUCGACGAGACGCCGCUGGUGACCUACCGCGAAGACGAUGAGGACGCCGGCGAAGACGAGAAUGACGAGGAAGAGACGGCCGACGACGACGACGAGGCCGAGGAUGACGAAGACGACGACGACGACGAGGACUCGGAGUAA